GACGCGGGCGGGUGGGGGGCGGGCCGGCGGCAGCUCCGGGAGGGGGAGGCGGGCUCCGCCGGCACACGCCGCCCCUGGCAGGCGGCCUGAUCGCGCGCGAGGAGCGGCCGCAGCCGCUGCCGCUCGGGGCCGCCUUGAGCCCCAGAUUCCUGAGCGCUCCGCUCGCAUGGCAGCCGCCUCGGCGCCCGUCUCCGAGGCCCGCUAGGGGCGGCCCAGCGCCCCGGCCCUCGGCGGAGCCCGUCGGAUCCGGCCCCGCUCUGCGUCCCGGGGCGCGCUGCCUCCCAGCCCGAGAACCGGAAUCCAGGUCCGGCCGCCUCCCAGCCUGUGCCGUCCCACAGGUGUCCGCAAGUCCGGCCGUCCAUCCAUCCGUCCGUCCUCCUGGGGCCGGCGCUGACCAUGCCCAGCGGCUGCCGCUGCCUACAUCUCGUGUGCCUGUUGUGCAUCCUGGGGGCACCCGUUCAGCCUGCCCGAGCUGAUGACUGCAGCUCCCACUGUGACUUGGCCCACGGCUGCUGCGCGCCUGACGGCUCCUGCAGGUGUGACCCAGGCUGGGAGGGGCUGCACUGUGAGCGCUGUGUGAGGAUGCCUGGCUGCCAGCACGGUACCUGCCACCAGCCCUGGCAGUGCAUCUGUCACAGUGGCUGGGCGGGCAAAUUCUGUGACAAAGACGAGCACAUCUGUACCACGCAGACCCCCUGCCGGAAUGGAGGCCAGUGUGUCUAUGAUGGGGGCGGCGAGUACCACUGUGUGUGCCCACCAGGCUUCCAUGGGCAUGACUGUGAGCGCAAGGCUGGACCCUGUGAACAGGCAGGCUCUCCAUGCCGGAACGGUGGGCAGUGCCAGGACGACCAGGGCUUUGCCCUCAACUUCACCUGCCGCUGUUUGGCCGGCUUCGUGGGUGCCCGCUGUGAGGUCAAUGUAGACGACUGUCUGAUGCGGCCUUGUGCCAAUGGCGCCACCUGCCUGGACGGCAUAAACCGCUUCUCCUGCCUCUGCCCUGAGGGCUUUGCUGGACGCUUCUGCACCAUCAACCUGGAUGACUGUGCCAGCCGCCCAUGCCAGAGAGGGGCCCGCUGUCGGGACCGUGUCCAUGACUUUGACUGUCUCUGCCCCAGUGGCUAUGGCGGCAAGACUUGUGAGCUCAUCUUACCAGUCCCAGAUCCUGCCACCACAGUGGACAUACCCCUGGGGCCCACCUCAGCUGUGGCGGUACCUGCCACGGGGCCUGUCCCCUACAGUGUGGGGGCAGGUCUGCUGCGCAUCUCAGUGAAGGAGGUGGUGCGGAGGCAAGAGGCUGGGCUAGGUGCAGCUAGCCUGGUGGCCGUGGUGGUAUUUGGGGCCCUCACUGCUGCUCUGGUCCUGUCCACAAUGUUGCUGACCCUGAGGGCCUGGCGCCGGGGUGUCUGCCCCCCUGGACCCUGCUGCUUCCCCGCCCCACACUAUGCUCCAGCACGCCAGGAUCAAGAGUGUCAGGUUAGCAUGCUGCCAGCAGGGCUCUCCCUGUCUCCUGACUUGCCCCCUGAGCCUGGAAAGACCACCUUCACCUCCUUGGCUUCUCAGACUGGAGUAGCCCUUUCUCGCCACCCCUCUCCUGGGGUACACACACUGAGGGACCUCAGCCUCACACCAGAAAUAUUAUUUUUUUAAUACAUAGACUGUAAGAUGGAAAUUUUAUCAAAUAAAACUCUGAAAGUGCA